AUGGUCUGGUGGAAGCAGAACAAGACAGAACAACGGGCUUCAAACCCCGAAGAAGACCUCAAAGCCUUUAUUGCAAAAGCACCCACAGCCAAGUAUACCUUCGAUAGCGAGCGAGGUGCACCCGAGUCGGAAUUGUGUAGACAGCCGGAUGGGAACGUAUCCAAGGAGUGUCGAAUGAUUCACAUGAAAAGCACGCGCUUAUUCGAAGCAAUGCAGAACCUCGGCUUCUACUGUGCGUUGCCGCUGAAUCCUGGCAAGACUCAUAUGGAGUGUAUCCCAAUGCCCAAGGAAUUAGAUUAG